UUGAAGUGAAAAUUGAAGUUGUGAUACCUGAGAAGGAGAGAAGCAAGGAGGAGAUGUCGCCCAACGGGAAAGCCAGCCCCUUGGUCUACAAAGUCAAUGGGACUGCCCGGCAUUAUCAUCUUGAGGAGCAUCCCAUUGCCAGCAAUCCCUACCACAACCCAAAGGAUGUGGUGGAAGCGUCCGUGUGCCACGUGAAAGACCUGGAGAAUGGACAGAUGCGGGAAGUGGAUCUGGGCUGUGGGAAGGCUCUGCUCAUCAAGGACAGCGGCGAGUUCCACGCCGUGGGACACAAGUGCCCCCACUAUGGGGCCCCCCUGGUCAAAGGGGUUUUGUCCAAAGGAAGAGUCCGCUGUCCCUGGCAUGGAGCUUGCUUCAACAUUGCCACAGGCGACAUAGAGGACUUUCCUGGCUUGGACAGCUUACCCAGGUUCCAGGUGAAGAUCGAGAAGGAGAAGGUGUACAUCCGAGCGAGCAAGCAGGCUCUUCAGACACAGAGGAGGACAAAGAUGAUGGCAAAAUGCAUCUCCUUGAGCAACUAUAACCUGAGCAGUACCAACGUGCUGAUCAUCGGAGCAGGGGCAGCUGGACUGGUCUGUGCAGAGACCUUGCGCCAGGAGGGUUUCUCGGACAGGAUUGUGAUGUGCACGAUGGACAGACACUUGCCCUAUGACAGACCAAAGCUCAGUAAGUCAAUGGAUUCCCACCCAGAGCAGAUCGCCCUGCGCCCCAAAGAGUUCUUCUGCACCUACGACAUUGAAGUCCUGACUGAAAUGCAGGUUGCGGCUGUGGAUGUCAAGAACAAGAUAGCCGUGUUCAAGGAUGGAUUUAAGAUGGAAUACAACAAGCUGCUGAUAGCGACUGGAAACACGCCAAAAGCUCUCAGCUGCAAAGGCAAGGAGGUGGAAAAUGUUUUCAACAUCCGGACACCCGAAGAUGCCAACCGUGUCGUGAAGCUGGCCACGAGCAAGAACGUGGUUAUCGUGGGAGCAUCCUUCCUAGGGAUGGAGGUGGCUGCCUACCUCACGGAGAGGGCCCACUCAGUGUCCCUGGUGGAGCUGGAGGAAGUGCCCUUCAAGAAGUUCUUUGGGGAGAGGGUUGGCCGCGCUGUCAUGAAGAUGUUCGAGAGCAACAGGGUGAAGUUCUACAUGCAGACGGAGGUGUCGGAGCUGCGGGAGCAGGAGGGCAAGCUGAAGGAGGUUGUGCUGAAGAGUGGGAAGGUCCUGCGUGCCGAUGUCUGUGUUGUCGGUGUCGGUGCAGUCCCAGCAACGGGCUUUCUCAAGCAGAGUGGCAUCAACAUCGACUCCAAAGGCUUCAUCGUGGUCAACAAGAUGAUGCAAACCAACAUCCCCGGAGUCUUCGCAGCCGGUGAUGCUGUCACGUUCCCACUGGCCUUGAGGAAUAAUAAGAAAGUGAAUGUCCCUCACUGGCAGAUGGCCCAUAUGCACGGCCGUAUAGCCGCGCUGAACAUGCUGGCCCAUGGCAUGGAAAUCAGCACAGUCCCGUAUUUAUGGACUGCUAUGUUCGGGAAGAGCAUCCGAUAUGCAG